AUGAACUUGCCCGGCUACUACUACGAUGCGAGCAAGAAACGAUACUUCAAGACAGAUUCUCAUCGACAUAAGCCUGUACAAUCUCUUCUACCUUUGCUCAGCCAGCCGGAUGGCCAUGCUGAGUCGCCGGCUUCAAGGCUUCCCAGUCGCAAUCACAGAACUGCCGGCCCAGUCACACUGCGCGACUUCGAGCGAGCAAGACACGAAUUGCUCCUAGGCACCUUUGCCGCUCGUGCUGUUCAGGUCGAGUCGCGAGAGCCCGAGUGCCUCUUUGUCGACGAGAACAUCACCCAGAUUUCCGCCGUCCCGGGCCGCAAAGAGCUCAGGCUGGGUGGGACGGCAGGAUCAAUCUGCUUUGCCAGUCUCAAGCCGCCGAGCCAGUGGGCUCGUGAGAACCUACCGAGCAAUGUGGAUCCCUUUCGGACAGAAUGGCUGCUCGGUUCCACCAUCUCGAGUCUGAAGCUCCACGGCAAUCGCUUCCUCGCAACCUCGCUCGGCUCGCCCGCCAAGGCUCUCUUUGCCGUCGCACACGACCCGGCCGAGGAUGCCACGACGCCCGUGAGCGAGGCGAGCAUCACGUUCAGUCCAGCAAAGACCUCGCUCUGGACAGGCAGCCUCUCACCUGACAUCAUUGCGCUUGGUUGCGACGACAAGGUACUCGUUUCGCGGGAUCCUUUGCGAGGACCAAACGAGAUGGACAGCAUCGCUACGGGAUCUGCCGUCUUUGCGCUCGAGCAACAUCGCUCGCUGCUCUUUGCCGGUUUGCGAUCCGGCAAAGUGAAUCUGAUCGACAUGCGCUCGUCACAGACUGCAGCACUGAAAGCCAAGAGCAGCAAUCACAGCCCGAUUACCUCGCUCAGGCUCGUACGCGAGUUUGAGUUGCUUGUUGUUGGCAUGAAGGGUGAUGUCGAAAUGCUCGACACUCGCUUCAUACAGUCUCAAAGGCCACUCAUGACGCUUGAGGGCCAUAUCAAUCAUUACAUGAGAGAUCUGGGCUGCGACAUCUACAACGACGAGAUCCUCGCACUGGCCGGUCAAGACGCUCAAGUCAGGCUCUGGUCACUGCGAACGGGCAAGCAGGAGAUCGGUGGCCAGCUCGGUGGCCUGACGCAACGUCAAUUCGAGGAGCCAAUCAAAGCACUGGCAUUCGUAGACGAUCCGCCCUCGCUCUGGGUCUCUCAGCUCUCUGCACUCUCAAGAUGGGAGAUCACAGCAAGCGCUAGCACAAUCGGCUGA